ACCAAUCGCGUGCGAUGUUGGAAGAGGAGUACGAAAAUUUGACUGGCGCAAGGUUGCGGUGUCGGAGACGGCUAACUUGGCUAGCUAAACACAGUGUCGAUUAUUCUGUAUUUACGUUAUCGCGAUAUAAUUUUAAUGAAUAUCUUCUGUUUCUGAAGGCGUUUCUUCACAUAUUCGUUCUGUUUAAGGAAAACAAGUGGCUAGAAACACAGAAAUACAAGGAUGAUGGACGCGCUAUCCGUCGUGACCCAGCUGCGAGACUUGGCCUCGGAACCGCAGAACAGAGAGGCCAUAGUCCAGGACCAAGGGUGUCUGCCGGGCCUGGUUUUGUUUUUAGAUCAUCAGGAUUCCCAAGUGCUGUACUCUACUUUACAGACUCUCCGUUACCUGGCAGAAUCGCCCUUAAACAUAAAAACAAUGAAAAAUGAGUUGGGUAUGAUGGUGAGCUUGGAGCAUCUGAUGGAGAGGAGCGAGGUGAACAGUGACAUCACCGCCCUGGCCCAGGAAGUGUACGGCAUACUGAGUGCGCCCGAGACUCCCCGCACCCCGGACAGGCCCAGGAGGAAGAUGAAGCCACAGUUCUUCCUCAACAGCUCCAACAAGAAGGCCAAGUCCGUCACCCUUCACAUACAGGGACUGGACACUACCGAUAAGAGGGGCCUCUGUGAGGACGCCCUGCUGACGGUCAGAGGGGUCAUCAGCUUCACCUUCCAGAUGGCCCUGAGGAGGUGCACAGUGCGCGUGCGCGCUGACCUGUCCACGGAGAGCUUGGCCUCUGCUAUAGCAGCUACCAAAGUGCUCAGCGCCCAGCAGGUGGUGAAGAACGAGGCUGGAGAGGAGGUCUUGGUUCCCCUCUCCACCUCCGACGUCUCGGUCCAGGAGGGCCCCACCCUGCCGGACUACCUCCCCGAGGACGAGAGUCCGGAGAGGAACAUGGACAAGGCGGUGUCCCGGACCACUGCCAAGGGGGACGCGGGCGGGAGCUGGCUCAACGCUGCUGCCGGCUUCCUGUCCAAGACCUUCUACUGGUGAAGCCACUGGUGUGUGUGUGUGUGUGUGUGUGUGUGUGUGUGUGUGUGUGUGUGUGUGUGUGUGUGUGUGUGUGUGUGUGUGUGUGUGUGUGUGUGUGUGUGUGUGUGUGUGUGUGUGUGUGUGUGUGUGUGUGUGUGUGUGGGUGGGUGGCAGUGUAGGGCAGGAUCGUACAGAGCAGGAUCACUGGGUUAGCUGGAUAACUGUGCUGAGUAAAACCUGGAAGAGCUCUUUUUACAUCAGGCCGUGUUCCACAUUUGGGAGUGCAGUUAUCCAGCUAACUCAGUAAUCCUGCUUUGUGAAACAGCCCUCUGAUCUUCAUGGUAUCUCUAGUACAGUGGUAACCGACCGUGUUUCUUGAGAUCUACCAUCCUGUAGAUUCAUUUCAACACGCAACUUUUCUAAUUAUCAGCUUAAGAUCUCUAGCUGUUGAAUGUGGUGUGCUUUGUUAGGGUUGGAGUGAAAACCUACUGGACGGUAGAUCUCCAGGAACAGGGUUGGGCAGCCCUGCUCUAGCUGUUGAAUGAGGUGUGCUUUGUUAGGGUCGGAGUGGAAACCUACAGGAUGGUAGGAGCAGGGUUGGCGACCUCUGCUCUUUUCGAGCUGGCAGAGUGGGCGGUGUGUUGGCUCUUCCUCGGUGUGUGAGGAGGAGCCAAUAAGUUCAAGGGUCAGCGAGUCUGAACGGGGCACCGCCCACAAAGGCUCUCAUUGGCUGAACACUGACCCCCUGCGUGUGCAGUGACCAGC